GUUUUUUCUACUGAUAGAAAGCUCACUGGUAAAGAGUACAACUUUUUUAAUUACAUACGUAAUCAAAUUAUAGUGCUAUCAAACAGUCUUCAUUUAAAAAAAAAAAAUAAUAAUUUCCUGAAGGUGCUUAAAAUUCUUUAACUUGCCUUCCUGUCUUUCUCAUCUGAACACAGAGCACCCCUAGUGUUCAUGGUCAGUAAUGCAAGAGACACUUUCUGGUUUUCCCCUGAAGAAUGCAUUUGGCCCUUCAAGGAUCUGAUGUUGUGUCAGCCCGAGAACAUGAACCACACUUGCAUCUCACAAGCAGCAAACCUUACCACGCAUCCUCUCGGGGGUCAUCAGGUAUGGGAGGUGGUCCUGAUUGUGCUUGUGACUGGGCCUCUUUCUCUUAUUACCAUACUGGGCAACUCCUUGGUGCUCAUCUCCGUCCGAGUCAACAGUCAGCUACAGACCAUCAGUAACUACUAUCUUCUGAGUCUGGCGGUAGCAGACCUGAUCUUGGGUACGGUGUCAAUGAACCUAUAUACUGCAUACAUAAUCAUGGGCCGCUGGACACUGGGACAUCUAGCUUGUGAUCUGUGGUUGACACUUGACUAUGUAGCGAGCAACGCCUCUGUCAUGAACCUGCUGGUCAUAAGCUUUGACAGAUACUUCUCAGUCACACGGCCGCUGACUUAUCGAACAAAGCGGACCCCGAAGACAGCAGCUGCAUUGAUCGCUCUGGCCUGGGUGGUAUCGUUUGUGCUAUGGGGACCCGCUAUCUUGUUUUGGCCUUAUGUGGUGGGACGACCAUCUGGGGCUGAAGCCCAGGCCUGUUCCAUCCCGUUCUUGAAGGUUCCUCCUCUUACAUAUGGCACUGCAAUCGCUGCGUUCUACCUACCGGUCACGAUCAUGAUUAUUCUGUACUGGCGAAUUUAUUGGGAAAUCGAGAACAGGGCGAAAGGACUCACUGGUUUAGUGGGAUCUGUGAAAAACACUAGAGAUAUUCUGCAUGGGUUAGACAAACAAUCAGUGCACCAAACCAGUACCAAGAGCAACCCUAGUCGCUCAAAGGACAAAAAAUCCAGAAAGGGACCAAGCAAAUCAGCUCAUGAGAGUUACAAGGAGUCUUACUGCAACAGCAGCUGGAACAUUGAAGAUGAGGAUGAUAGCGCCUUGUCCUCUUCCACAGACGAGGAACAUGAGCAGAACAUCAAGGCAAGAGCACCUUCAUCCAGUCCAACUGCGAUCGAGUUGAAGGAAGUCCAAAGUGGAUCAGAGGAUACCAAGGGUGUGGGAGAGUUCUCAUCAGCUCAGCAUCCCAGCAGACAGUCCCACUUAAAACCACCCCAAAAAUCAGACAACAGCAUUUGCCACCAGCUCAGAGCUAAACAUCGCAUUAAUAUGAUAAUUAAAGAGAAAAAGGCAGCCCGGACACUAAGUGCCAUCUUGUUGGCUUUCAUCCUCACGUGGACGCCAUACAACAUCAUAGUUUUGGCUUCCAUUUCAUACUGUGUGCCUGAAAAGCUCUGGCAGCUGGGAUACUGGCUGUGUUAUGUAAACAGCACCAUCAACCCCAUGUGCUAUGCCCUCUGCAACGAGUCUUUCCGGGUCACCUUCAAGGCACUGCUACUUUGUCGCCGAGGAGAGAAACGAAAAUGGGAAACAAACAGCUUGAAUCGCCAUUCCUCUGUGAGGCAGAAUACAGCUUGUAGUAACAUGAAAUCUUUCACUUUAUGAUUUGUCAUUCUACAGCAAGGGUGCUUUUAAUUGACACUUUUGUUUUCCUAGGCAAAAACACUGAAUAUGACUUAAUCAGCAUUUACUUUUAUAUUUGUAUGAAUACAUUUUUGUGCCUCUGCUUUUACACAUUACACUGUCACUGCGCGAAACGGCUUGAUUCUGAAUCUUGUCAGACACUGAUGAGAAGUUACUUAGCCUUUUAGUCUCUCGGUCUUUGGCUACAUCAAAAGUUGGAGUAGUACUUUGUUUAAAUCCAUAUCAUUUGAAAUUAUUGUUAUUUGAAAUUGUCUUAUGUAUAGACGGAAUGAGUACAGGAAAACAUUUAGCAGCCAGUUGACAACAAUAUUGAAAUAAAUCUUCUGUUGUCAUAUUAAACCUACUUAUUCAAUAGUACUUUCAAAAUUGCAAGGAAUAUAAAUUUUGUAAAAAGCAGAAAUAUAUUAUUAGAGUAGUGGCCCUCAAUCAAGGGACCGGGGGCCCACACGGACCUGAAGAUGACUUGAAAUGGUUUAAAACAAGCUUUAAAAUAAGCUCAAACCAAACAUCAAGAUAUGUUUGUUCACCCCCCAACGUCUGAAAUUC